UGUAACUCCGUUAAUGAACCAACAUGGCAGCGGCUAGGGCACUCGCAAGUGUUUUCCGCUUGGGAUCACAUAACAUCACUAGAAGUCACAGUUUAACAUUUAACAGUAUACAGAGACGAGGAAUAGCAGCUUGCAUUGACCCCUCUAUAGGACUUACAGAUGAGCAGAAAGAAUUUCAGAAGGUGGCAUUUGACUUCGCUGCCAAUGAGAUGGCACCACAUAUGGCAGAGUGGGACCAAAAGGAAAUCUUCCCUGUGGAAGCCAUGAGGAAAGCAGCCCAGCUGGGGUUUGGUGGGAUUUAUGUGAACCCUGAAGUUGGCGGCUCUGGACUCUCUCGUCUGGACACCUCUAUCAUCUUUGAAGCAUUAUCCACAGGCUGUGUCAGCACAACCGCUUACAUUAGCAUUCACAACAUGUGUGCCUGGAUGAUAGACACAUUUGGUAACAAUGAGCAAAGGGAGAAAUACUGUCCUGAUCUCUGCUCUAUGCAAAAGUUUGCCUCCUACUGUCUCACAGAACCUGGUAGUGGGAGUGAUGCUGCAUCACUUUUAACCAGCGCAAAACUCCAAGGAGAUCAUUAUGUCCUCAAUGGCUCAAAGGCAUUCAUCAGUGGAGGUGGAGACACGGAUGUUUAUGUGGUCAUGUGCAGGACCGGUGGGAAGGGACCUAAGGGGAUUUCGUGCUUGGUGGUUGAAAAAGAAACCCCUGGAAUCAGCUUUGGCAAAAAAGAGAAGAAGGUAGGUUGGAACUCACAGCCAACCAGAGCAGUGAUAUUUGAGGACUGUGCUGUCCCAGUGGCCAAUCGGCUUGGAGCGGAGGGGGAGGGCUUCAACAUUGCCAUGAAGGGCCUCAAUGGAGGCAGAAUUAAUAUUGCAUCCUGCUCUCUUGGAGCAGCUCAUGCAUCUGUGGUGCUGGCUCGAGAUUAUUUGUGUGUGCGGAAACAGUUUGGAGAAACACUAUCAAACAGCCAGUAUCUGCAGUUUAAGCUGGCUGAGAUGGCCACUAAGCUGGUAGCUUCCCGGUUGCUGGUGCGCCAGGCAGCGCUGGCUCUGCAGGAGAGUCGACCGGAUGCUGUUGCGCUAUGCUCAAUGGCCAAACUCUUUGUAACAGAUGAAAGUUUUUCAAUAUGUAACCAGGCCUUACAGAUGCAUGGAGGUUAUGGUUACCUAAAGGACUAUGCAGUACAACAGUAUGUCAGAGACAUAAGAGUACAUCAGAUAUUGGAGGGUACAAAUGAAGUGAUGAGGAUGAUCAUAGCAAGGAGUUUGCUUACUGAAUCAUGAGAAUCAUAUGCUGCUUUUUAUUCAUGGAUUAAAAUGGACUGUUACUCUGGUUCUGGGUUCUAUCACAUCUGAGACAAACAAGUUGUUUAUGCCAUCAUUUUCUAAUAUGUACAUCAAAUUAUUAAAGUGAUAUCUUGUUAAAUGUAUUCCACCUAUGUGUUACUAAAUGCUUAGAGAUUAUUGAUCUUAUGACACUCCAAUAUCAAGAAACUUACCUGCUGAUUUAUAUAAUGAACUGUCAAUGUCACCGUAUUUUCUGUAGCUGUUAGACUUUUCUGAUUGUCCAGCAAAAGUCAAGUUUAUGCCUUAAACUCCAGGAUUAGCAGAUCUAGAUUAAAAUGUUUAUUGUAAAAACACACUGAUGUGAUCUUGAGCAGAGAAUCAGUAGAUAUUUGAAUACAAGGAAUUUUAUUUGUUUAGUGUAAAAUAUUUAGGCUGGUUACAAGAAGUUAUGCUAUUAAAACAUAAGCAUGGUUCUGCAACUGUUACUGGAAAAUUAGUCAAAUUGAAACCUUACACUGAUUAAAUCUAAAAAUGCUCCAGAUUAGUAGAUUACCAUUUUGUUUAAUUUUCAGCAUUUCAAUGCUUCUUUACUUCCUGGGAGACUUUUAUCACAUACAACUUUGUUUAGGAGAUCAUUUUCAAAGCACAAAUCAAAUCUCACAGUACUUCCAUAAAUUGUCCUAAAAGAGGUAAAUAUGUAUGGUUCUGAUCCUCAUGUUUUAUUUAAAAUGAGUGCUGUGAAUUUUGUUAAACAGUCUUGUGCACCAUGUGAAAUGAAGAACAGUUUAGAUUGAAAUGUCCUUUUUGUGUUUUGAGUGUCACCUGCAAAGCUCUUAUCUGUUUUGUAUGUCUCAUCAACAUGAGUUGAUAAUGCUCUUAUAUUGGAUAGGAAUUCAAAAGCUGUCUGCUUCAGUGCAUUAGUCUAUUCAACAGCAGGAGAACCUGCACACCAACUGUUAAAGAGCAAGAAUUAAUAAAACAUUUAUCAUGCCUGAUUGAAA